AUGGAAUCACAGCACGGCAUUUCGGAACAAGAGCAUGGAGAACAACCUCCAUAUUCAUUGGCUGGAAUUGAGGAUGAGAAGAAGGGAGAGCCUGAGCGGCAGGAUGCGUUUGGCGAUGAGGAAUUCGCGGAAGUCAAGUACAAAGUAUUGAAGUGGUGGCAAUGCGGUCUACUCAUGGUAGCCGAGACAAUCUCACUGGGCAUAUUAUCGCUUCCAGCAGCGAUUGCUGGCCUGGGUGUUGCUCCGGGUAUAAUCAUUUUAAUUGGCCUGGGAAUCGUGGCUUCCUACACUGGUCACAUUUUGACAUUUACCGUGGCUAUGAACACCAUUACUGAGCAUGGCACUUGUUCGUUGAUCUUUGGGAUUGUUGGAACAGUAAUUUCUUUCUUCUUCGCACUUCCAAGAACCAUGAAGAAUAUGACAUGGCUCUCUCUCGCAUCUUUUGUCAGCAUAUUGACUGCAGUUAUAUUGACCAUGAUUGUGCUUGGUAUUCAGAAUACGUCAGCCACCUUCACCGUGACGAGAACUGCCUCCUUGGCCAAUGCAGUCAUAUCAGUUUGCAACAUUGUUUUUGCAUACGCGAGCCACAAUACCUUUUUCAACAUGAUGGCCGAGUUAGAGGAUCCGAGAGAGUUUCCAAAAGCACUAGCAUUACUACAGGCCGUCAACAUCUCGCUCUAUACGAUAAUCGCGCUGGUAGUUUAUCGGUAUGCUGGAGAUAGUGUUGCAUCACCGGCAUUGGGGUCAACUGGUCCCCUUAUUUCAAAGAUCGCCUAUGGAAUAGCCUUACCGACGAUUGUGAUCGCUGGCGUCAUCUAUGGCCAUGUCGCAGUUAAAACCAUUUAUAUCCGGAUUUUUGCCGGAACAGAGCGCAUGCAUAAGAGAGACUUGAUCGCAGUCGGUGUUUGGGUUGGGAUGGGCCUUGCUGUUUGGGUUAUUGCGUGGAUCAUCGCGUCUGCGAUUCCAGUCUUCAAUAAUCUGCUUGGCCUGAUGCGGAUCCUGGCUAUCAUCACCUCGCCAGAUGGCUCUAACUGGAAUAAACUUUGUGCGGACUUGGCGUAUACGCCUCAGGAAAAGCUAUUCACGACAGUUCAGCAAGCGGCAGCUUUUCCUGCGCCAAUAACGCAUAGUGCUGGAUUUCGAAAGAAUGACGAAAUUCAGCACAACUCAACCUCAACCCCAAAUGCGAGAAGCGGCGUACAAUGCCAGGAUAGUACGUUCAAAAACGCUCGCGGGACCGAUGAUCAUCUUCUGUAA